AUGUCUUCCUUUCUGGGUAUGGAAAUUAAUCAAACUUCAAGUGGGAUAUUUGUCAAUCAGAGGAGGUAUGCUGCGGAUGUUCUUAAACGGUUUGGCAUGGAUAAAUGCAAGCCAGUUAAUACACCUUUGGUUGCUACUCAGAAAUUGAGCAAAGAGGACGGGGCUGUCAAGGUGGAUGAGAGUUUAUACAGAAGCUUAAUAGGCUGUUUGCUGUAUCUAACAACAACCAGGCCUGACUUAAUGUCCAGGUUUAUGACUAAUCCAAGUGAAAAUCAUUUCAGGGCAGCUAAGAGGGUGCUCAGAUAUAUUAAAGGUAAUCCUGGACUUGGUGUGUGGUUCAGGAAAUCUGAAAGUUUUCAGCUUGUGGGAUAUUCGGACAGUGAUUGGGCUGGAUCAAUAGAUGACAUGAAGAGUACAUCUGGCUAUGUAUUUUUCUUAAAUUCUGGUGCUGUGUGUUGGCUGUCCAAAAGGCAGGCAACGAUAGCUCAGUCAACAGGAAAAGCAGAAUACAUCUCUACUGUUGCUAUCGUGAACCAAGCCAUCUGGCUCAGGAAGAUUUUGAAUGUAACCAAACUCAGAGAUAGCCUACUGUAA